AACACGUGAUAUUCCCGUGAGGAGGGAGGACUUGCCUAGCAGAAACUUCUUUACGCUCUUGCACGAAAGCCAAACAACUAAACGGCGAAAGAAUGAUGCUUACAGUGCUAAAGAUUUGGAGUGUUGCUUGUUUGUUGUGGGUAGCAACAGCUGUUGAGAGAAAUGAAAAGCCUAACGUUGUCAUAAUGCUGAUGGACGAUAUGGGGUGGGGAGACUUGGGCGUAUUUGGUCAGCCAGCUAAAGAGACACCUAACCUUGACAAGAUGGCAACAGAAGGGAUGCUCUUUCCUGAUUUCUAUAGCGCCAAUCCACUUUGUUCUCCAUCACGUGCAGCACUGCUUACUGGACGCCUUCCAAUUCGUAAUGGAUUUUACACAACUAAUGCUCAUGCUAGAAAUGGUUACACACCACAAAUCAUUGUUGGAGGAAUUCAGGAUAAUGAAGUGCUUUUACCAAAGCUGCUUAAGUCUGAAGGAUACAGCAGUAAAUUAGUAGGCAAAUGGCAUCUUGGUCAUCAACCACAGUUCUUGCCACUGAAGCAUGGAUUUGAUGAAUGGUUUGGUGCUCCAAAUUGUCAUUUUGGCCCUUACGACAAUAAGAAAACUCCUAAUAUACCUGUAUAUAGAGAUGACAAAAUGGUUGGAAGAUAUUAUCAGCAAUUUCCCAUCAACCAUAAAACUGGAGAAUCUAACCUGACUCAGAUUUAUACAGAGGAAGCCCUUGAUUAUAUUGAAACUCAAGCUAAAAUGCAGAGACCAUUUUUCUUAUAUUGGGCCCCAGAUGCCACACACACACCAUUGUAUGCUUCGUCAAGUUUCCUGGGUACUAGCCAGCGAGGAAUAUAUGGAGAUGCAGUAAGAGAGCUGGAUGACAGUGUUGGCAGGAUUCUUCAAAAAUUGAUAAAUCUUGGUAUAUCCAACAAUACGUUUGUUUUCUUUUCAUCUGAUAAUGGAGGAGCCUUAUACGCCAAAACAAAAGGUGGAAGCAAUGGACCAUUUCUUUGUGGCAAGGAGACAACAUUUGAAGGUGGAAUGAGGGAACCAUCUAUAGCUUGGUGGCCGGGAAAGAUCAAACCAGGCCAGGUAUUAAAUACAGUCUUGUCAGACAAUGGGUGAUUACAGAAAGUAUCCAUACCCUACAGGGGACAUCUUCAUCUAAAUCCCUCCCCCCCUGGCUUUGGAAUUACAAUCUGUUUUACCCCCUCCCCCCAGCAUGCCUUUGGAAUCAUGUAAACCCUGCUUCAGAGGGCUUUUUUCUUUUGUUCCCCGCAGUAAUCUGGAAAUUC